AUGGCUGGCCCACCAAGGCCUCCCUCCACCCUCCCCACCACCACGAGGAGGUCGGGUUUGCGCCAACCGGUUCGACGAGCGGGUUCGGCAGCUCCAGAACGCCAUGCUACACCUACAAUCACUGCGCCGUCAGUGAGGUCUUCCGCGAUCAGUGCAUCGCGUAUGGCGAGAAGCCCCGAGAAAUCAAGCGCUGCGAGUAAGAGAAAGGAGAAAGACUUUGAACGCGAGAUCAACGAGGACACGAGCAUUCAUGUGGUGGUUCGCUGUCGUGGUCGCAGUGAUCGGGAGAUUAAAGAAAACAAUGGCGUUGUUCUAUCUACACCAGAAGGUGUGAAGGGCAAGACUCUAGAUCUCUCGAUGGGUCCGAACGCGGUUUCAAAUAAGACAUAUGCUUUCGACAAGGUUUUCUCCCCAGCCGCUGAUCAGACAACGGUCUUCGACGAUGUUGUUGUACCGAUUGUCGACGAGAUGUUGGCAGGUUACAAUUGCACAAUCUUCGCAUACGGGCAGACUGGAACAGGAAAGACAUACACCAUGUCAGGAGACAUGACCGAUACACUGGGCAUCUUAUCCGACGAUGCAGGAAUCAUUCCGCGUGCUCUCUACUCCCUGUUCCACAAACUUGAGGAUACGGAAAGCACAGUGAAAUGCUCCUUUAUCGAACUUUACAACGAAGAGCUUCGGGAUCUGCUGUCGUACGAUGAUAGUACGAAACUCAAAAUAUUUGAAAAUGAGAAGAAGGGAGGACAUAGCACGAUGGUUCAAGGCAUGGAAGAGACCUAUAUUGACUCUGCUUCCAGCGGUAUCAGACUGCUCCAAACAGGCAGCCACAAACGUCAAGUAGCAUCGACCAAAUGCAAUGACCUGAGUUCCCGAAGUCAUACGGUGUUCACCGUAACAGUUCUCACCAAACGCACAACUGAGUCUGGCGAGGAUUAUGUUAGCUCGGGGAAGUUGAACCUCGUGGAUUUAGCGGGUAGCGAAAACAUUGGUCGCAGCGGUGCUGAGAACAAACGAGCAACGGAGGCAGGUCUCAUCAACAAGAGUCUGCUCACUCUUGGUAGAGUCAUCAAUGCUUUGGUGGAUAAGAGCUCGCACAUUCCUUAUCGAGAGUCAAAACUCACGAGACUACUGCAAGAUUCACUCGGAGGACGAACAAAGACAUGCAUCAUCGCCACUGUUUCGCCUGCCCGCAACAACCUCGAAGAGACCAUCUCCACGCUUGACUAUGCCUUUCGGGCUAAGAACAUCCGCAACAAACCCCAGAUUAAUUCUAUCAUCUCCAAAAACAAGCUCCUACGGGAGAUUGGUAUGGAGAUUGAAAAACUCAAGAGCGAACUUAUUGCCACUCGACAUCGCCAUGGUGUCUAUAUGACGCCCGUUGCGUACGAAGAGAUGACGAUGGAGAGCGAGUCACGGCGAAUUGUCAACGAGGAACAGCGUGCCAAGAUUGAGACUAUGGAGUCAAGUCUCCGGCACAAGGUUCAAGAGUUGCUCUCUAUAACGGGAAAUUUUAACUCUUUGAAGCAUGACAAUGAGGAAACUCAGGCCAAACUCAAUGAAACACGAGAUGUUCUCAACGAAACAGAAAGGUUUUGGAAGGAUACUCAGGAAAAGCUGGACGAGGAGAAGAUCGUACGGAAGGCUCAUCAGAUUACGGAAAAGCAACUCCGCCACAUCGGCGCCGGCCUAGUUUCCACUUUGAAUGGCACUGUUCGAGAUGUGGAUGGAUUGCAUGCGAAGUUGGAUCGCAAAGACAAUUUGGAGGCUGAUAAUCGGCAAACCUGGCAGACUUCAACCAGUGAAGUAUCUCACGUUACGCAGCAGAUCGACGCUCGCAUGGAAGUCUUCAAGGUGCGACAUGCAAAGCUGGUGGGGGAUAUGUCUAGCAAAAUACACCAGUUCGUAGAUCAUGAACUGAGCACUGUCCAGUCUACUCGGUCCCAACUCCGGGAUCUGGGAACCUCCUUUGACAAGGUCGAGACUCAGGCAAAGAAAAAUACAUCCAGUGCUCACCAUGAGAUGAAUGACGUUCUCGAAGAAAUCAAGGUCCUUCGGGAAGAAGUCAAGUCUAAAGUUGGCGAAGGCCUGAAUGGCUUGUCAGCUGCUGCUGCUCGUAUCUCCAAGGAGGUGAUUGGGGAGUUCUCAGAGUUCCACUCCCAACUUCACUCAUCAUACAGCACACUCGGCAAGGACUUCAAGUCCAUGUUUGAGGACAUGGCAAGGCACCUCGAUGAACAGAAAACAGAAGUCAACAAAUUGCGCCUCGAGCUGCAAGCAGCGAACCGCCAGACAGUUGAGGCCAACAGAAAGGCCUCGUCUAAUCUCGCACAGGUCCUGGAAGACGAACAUGCGAACGCCCAAACAGAGAGGGAAACUCUUAUGUCUCAUAUCCGUGGACUUCUUGAGGAAUCAAAUCAAAAACAGAACAAUCGCCUCAGAGGCAAGUUUGAUGCCCUUCGCACCGACAUCUCAGCAUCAGGCGACUCUCUUGAGCAAGCCACUGCGCAGCACGACAGACACAUUGAUGAAUGGAUUUUUAAGGAAGAACAAUUUGCCAAAGACAUCGCUGCAUCUAAGGAUGAGUUCAAAACCAGAAUGCAGAACGAUUGGGAGAAUUUCGACCAACGCAAUGCCUCUAUUCAUCGAGCAACAGAAUCUGUCCAUCAGGAGACCGUACGGAUUGUUGAUGCUCAAAUGAGCGACAUGGGCACCCAAAUGGAGGCUUUGGAUGACUUCGUUGCCAAAGCCCGAUACCAGAAUGGCCGCUUCCACGAAUCCCAUCUAUCCAGUCUGAAUGCUAUGGCUGAAAAUGUCCGGGAGUCUCGCUCACACAUUCAUGGACAGCUCGACGGGCUCACCGGACGAGUCGAUCAACUCCAGCAGGAUGUCGAUAUACAUACUGAGUACCUGGAACAAACCACUGCACCUUUAGACAUCGAAGUCCGCCAACCACUCUUGAAAAUGCGCUCCGACUUCCAGAGCCACCCUAUGAAAGAGUAUAUCCCAACCGGCGUAACCCCUCAGAAACGAAAAUACGACUACCCUUCGGAAAUGCCUCAAACUGAGGCGCACGACGGACUUCGUACCCGACACCGCACAUCCAAGCAAUUUACUGCUUUACCAUUCAGCGAGCAAGAGCAACAAGACUCGCCUGUCCCCACUUCCCCCAAGUGGUGGCUUCGCCUCCCAAGAAAUUCGUGUACAAUGAUACCCCGGAAGAGGGAAGUCGACCUAAACGUCAGCAGACCGGCGAUGUCUGAUGGUGACGACGCGCUACCUCACGAUAAGGCAGAGACCAUUGCAUUGAACGCAUCUAUAGAUCUAGACGAAACGCCAGAAAAGGAAGAGCCUGAGCAGUCUUCUCGCAAACGUCGCCGCUCAAACUCCAGCCUCCACCACCAAUCUGACAGUAAACUACCGAAAACAAUGUCCUCGAAAAGGAUGGCUGGUGUGAAGGAGGGUCGUGAGAAUAUGCCGCCUUCUGCCAUCGGCGGUGGCCGGCGGGUCAGAAACCGCACUGACUAG